AGAGAGAGGUAGAUAGAGAGAGAUAGAUAUUUGUAUUAGACGGGAGAUUAUUUGAAAAUAAUAGUAUUGAAGCAUAACAAAAACGGUAAGACUAUAAACUCGUCUGAUCAGUUUUGUCAUGACUUAAAAACCCAACUAGUUAUUUGUUUUUAAUGUUGUUUGUCUCAUCGGUUUCAGCUUUGUUUUACUUUUGAAAACAGGUAAUUGAAUUUAGUAUAAAAGUCCAAAGAUGUUUCUUAACCUUCUUUCCAUUCAAUAUAAAUAGUCAAAGGAUUGUACUAUCUGCUCAUCAAUCAAAACACAGACUCGAUAAAGACUCAUAUAUUUGGAGAAAUCUUUCUUCUUCUUUUUUCAUCGUCUCAUAAUGUCUAUUAAAUAUGUUUUUUUCUUUAUGGUGUUUGUCUGUGUUGUAGUCUCUGCCAAUGCUCAACUACCCCAGUUUCCCAUCCCAUUUCCUUUUCCACUCCCAUUCCAACCAAGUCCCGGUAUUCCCGGAUUACCUGAUGUAGCAAAAUGUUGGUUUUCAGUGAUGGAUAUUCCAGGAUGCAUUAAAGAGAAUUACACAUCCAUACUCACAGGACAAUUCGGACAUGUAGGUCCUUCUUGUUGCAAAGCAUUUUUGGAAGCCGAAGCCAAUUGCUUACCGAAACUUCCAUUCAACCCACUUUUUCCACUCAAAGAACAAUGUUUAAGAAUUGAUAAAGCAGCUCCUCCUACCACAAAAUAGAGUUUUACAUAUAUAGAAGUAAUAGCUAUGUCGUUUUUAUUUUUCAAGGGAUUUUAACAUUUUAGCUACAACGUUAUCCUCCAAAAAUACGAUUAUAUAAACAGUAUUUUAGAAAUAAAAAAAUCCUGCAUUUCCUUUUAUAUUAACCAUGCGGUUCAUGACUGUGAAGAUUCUAAACUAAUCUUACUUAUAAAACAUACUUAAAUAAUACUACGAACUAAAACUAUACAAUUUAAUAUUUGGGAAAAUACAUGGGCUGCAUCUACAAAAUAAAUAUAAAGAAGAACAUAAGAGAAUGAUCGAUUUAAAAUCCGAGUUUCAUUUUACAAUAAUCUGAAAGAAGUCUAUUCAUAAUUUUUAUGCAAGCUAUAUAAGUUUCCCAUCUUUUUCUGUUUUUUUUUUGUUUUAUAAACAUAGC